AUCAGAACAUUCAACAUUCAGAACUCAGAAGUCAGAAAAUUGGAACUUGAGAGGUACUUUUAAUUUUUAAACCAAACAUAAGUGCUUCAUUUAAAAAAAAUGGAAUUCAGUAGCAACUUAGUGAAAGUUCAUUUAGCCAACUAUCUAGCCAAUUUACCAUUGCCAAAUUCAUUUCUUGGUAUUUUCAAAUUAGGUGGUAAAGAUAUACUGAAAUUAAUUCCGUUUUAUGCUACAAUUGGUGGUGUAUGUUACCUUUCAUACAGAGUUGUCAAACCAAGACAUCCUGUUAACCCUUGUAUUAAAAAAGAAUCUCCAAAAGUGGUUGACGGUUAUGACAUCGAAGAGUUAGGUGAAAGUACAGCAUUCUGUCGUUGUUGGAGAAGCUCUAAAUUUCCUUUAUGUGAUGGUGCUCAUAAUAAGUACAAUAUUGAACAGAAGGACAAUGUUGGACCAUUGAUAAUUAAGAAAAAAUAAAUAAUCAUUACUAGUACAAAAUCAUUGAAUACAUUUCUAUAUGUGUUUGUUAAUUGUUCUAGUUUAGUCUUUUGUUUUCAUUCAGUUAAAUAGAAUACAUAUUUGCAUUUAUUGAUAUAUUAUAUUUCUUUAUUUAUGGUAAAUAAUUUAUACACGCUGAAUGUGUAUUAAAUCUUUCAUUACAGAAUCAUCACAAUCUUCUAUCAGCAGUUCUCGUUUUGAUAUCUUCAAGCUAAAAAAAUAAUGUUAAAACUUAUUAGUCCUUAUUAUCGUUUUUUUUUUUAUAUGAAACCUAUCUUGUCAUAAUAUCAUUGUAAAAACAAAGCAUUUCUAUACUAAUUUCUCUUUUAAAUAUCAUAAAUAACAAGUUAUUUGAUGUUAAAAUGAUGUCAGUUAAACUCUGGUUACUUAAUAUAACAAAUUUAUUAUAUAUUUAAUAUUUAUUUAUCCAAUAAUUUGCUAUUUUUUUCACACAUUUGAUGCCAAUAUUUCAGUUGUAAAUUUUUUUUUUAAUAAAAGAUAAAGAAAUGUAAUAGUUACAGAAAAGAAAUUAUGAAUUAAAUUUUUAAUUAUUUAUUUAUUUAUAGUAUAAAUGUAUGCUUAAGAUGUAUAAAUAUGUAGUCAAAGAGAUAAGCUCAUUAAAGCUAUACACAUAAAUAAGUACAAUAAUCCUAUAUACACC